GGAGUGGGCGGGGCGAAGGGUGGGCUUCCGGGAGAGGGGCCGCUAAUCCGGGGCGUCUGAUAAGUACCCUCUGACCUGAGAGCUCCAGGGUCGCCCCCGACGGGCAGGCAUUGCGGGUGAGACCCAGCCCCUGGGUCUGCCCCUCCACCCCGUUCUCUUGGCAAAAGGCUCAUGCCAGUCCAGCCGCCGAGCAAAGAGGCGGAGGAGAUGGAGGUGGAGGGGGAUUCGGCUGCCGAGAUGAACGGGGAGGAAGAGGAGAGCGAGGAGGAGCAGAGCGGCAGCCAGUCGGAGUCAGAGGAGGAGAGCUCAGAGAUGGACGAUGAAGACUGUGAGCGUCGCCGCAGCGAGUGUCUGGACGAGAUGUCAGAUCUGGAGAAGCAGUUUUCGGAGCUGAAGGAGAAGCUGUUCAAGGAGCGCCUGAGCCAGGUGCGGGUGCGGCUGGAGGAGGUGGGCGCCGAGCGAGCCCCGGAGUACACGGAGCCCCUCGGGGGGCUGCAGCGCAGCCUCAAGAUUCGCAUUCAGGUGGCAGGCAUCUACAAGGGAUUCUGCCUGGAUGUGAUAAGGAACAAAUAUGAGUGUGAGCUGCAGGGAGCCAAGCAACACUUGGAGAGCGAGAAGCUGCUGCUGUACGACAACUUGCAGGGGGAGCUGCAGGAGCGGAUCCAGAGGUUAGAGGAGGACAGGCAGAGCUUCGACAUCAACUCUGAGUGGUGGGAUGAUAAACUGCACCCCAAAGGCAACCUGAAAGCGUGGGACUCCCUGCAGUCGAGUAAGAGGAAGAAGGCACCUCUCGUCUCCGGCCCCUACAUCGUGUACAUGCUGCAGGACAUUGACAUCCUAGAGGACUGGACGGCUAUCAAGAAGGCCAAGGCGGCUGUAUCCCCCCAGAAGAGGAAAUCUGACGGGCCGUGACCCCCUCCCCCGGGCCCUCCACGCCGUCAGCAGCAGCAGCAGGAGGAGGAGGAGGCAUCGGGCCAAGCCGAGCUUCUGCUGGCCCUACGACCGAGCAGGGCCUCACGUCCUCAGGAGGGCACGGAAGGACCGCACCAAUGUGACCGGACCCUCGAGCGCGUCCCCCGGAUCCCGUUCCCGGAACGCUGUCCGUCUGCCCCGGACUCCUCGUGACCCUAGCCGGCAGACUGACCCCCGGCUCCUCGCCGUUGCCCGCCCCCCUCCAAGUUGGGUACCUCCCCCACGCUGCCAGGCACCCGGGGAAGGUCCGACCCCGCACCCUGGCCGGCCCGGGGAUCCCUCCGGCUCCCCGCUCCCUCUCCCUGUCGGUUCCAGGCUGGCACCCUGCCCCAGGUGGGUUAAAAAGACAUGCCUCACUUUGAGACCCAGCCAGGUCCCUUCCCUGGCCAGCCUGGUGGGCCGAGGCCAGGGUCGGAGCCGGAGCCGGAGCGCUGCUUUAGGUGCUGGAUGGGAGAGCUCCCAGAGAUGUAUAUUUUUUUGAUGCUUCUUCCCUUUCCCCACCUCCGCCGUUGCCUCCUCUGCGCCGGGCUGGGAAGAACUGAAGAUCCCGGGCUUUCCCGGGGACCAGUCUUCACCCCCCGACUCUUGGUGAUGGGGUUGGCAUUAAAGUUAAUAAUAAUAAUAAUAAUAA